AUGCCCUCACAAGAACCAACCCACCCCUCCGAGCCCCCACCACCAUACGCUCUCAACGCCUCACAGCCUCCUCACGGGCAAUCCUCAUCCCAAGAUACCUCUCACCUCCAAGUUCCCUCUGAAAGAAUGAGAAAUGGCAUCCCUCCUUCAGCGCGUCGCUCUAUGGAAGACGAAGCGCGCUCCCUCCCCGCAGGUUGGAUCCGACAAUUCGACGCAGAAACCCGGCACCAAUUCUUCAUCGACACCACCGCCACACCUCCUCGCUCAAUCUGGCACCACCCCUACGACGACGAGGAAUAUCUCUCGACUCUGUCGUCCGCGGAACGGGAGAGCCUUGUCGGACAACACGAAUUUCCUAGUCGGGAAGAUAUCAACGCCAUGACAUCGGGGGAGUCCGACAUCGAGGACCAUCCCAAAGGCAACGGUGUUGGCGUAGGAGGAGUCGCAUCAACAGAAAAAGACCUCGAUAAACCAAAAGGCAUCCACAAACUCACCCGCAAAAUGAAAGAUAAACUCACCCACUCCACCCACACCGAACGCGAAGCCUUCCGUCAAAAGCGCGCACAGGAGGAAGCAGCAGCGUACGAACGCCACCGCAUGAUUCGCGCCGCGAUGAUGCGCGCCAUCGAGACGGGACAACCGCAAUACCUGGGCCAGAACCGCGAGGGGAAGGGUGUUUAUAUAGAUCCUCCUAGUCGGAGGGGGAAUGGGCUGCAAAUGGGGAAUGUCGGAGGGUAUCCUGCGGCGAUGGGAUAUGGUGGGCCUGGGUAUGGAUGGGGUGGGCCGCCGGGGGUGGGUUGUGUGAGGCCCGGGAUGGGAUAUGGGAGACGGCCGGGGUAUGGGUAUGGUGGGGGUAUGGGGUUGCCGCUUAUGGGGGGGUUGGUUGGGGGUGCUUUGUUGGGGGGUGCGUUGUUUUAA